AUGAGCUCCAUCGGCACCGGUUAUGACCUGUCGUGCACGACCUACUCCCCCGACGGCCGCGUCUUCCAGGUCGAGUAUGCCACCAAGGCCGUCGAGAAUGCCAGCACCGUGAUCGGCCUGCGCUGCAAGGACGGCAUCAUCCUCGGUGUCGAGAAGCUCAUUGUCAACAAGCUCGCCUAUGCCCCGGCCAACAAGCGCAUCUACCAUGUUGGCGAGAACAUCGGUGUCGCCGCCGCCGGCUUGCUCGCCGACGCCCGCGCCCUGGUCUCUCGCUUCCGCGAGGAGUACGACCACUUCAAGGAGUUCAACUCGACCGUCAUCACCGGGCGCGUCCUUUGCGGCCGCGUGGCUCGCUUUGCCCAUGCCUACACCCUGCACUCGAGCGUCCGGCCCUUCGGCGUCACGGCCCUGCUGGCCUCGCACUCCAAGGAGAACGGCCCGGAGCUCUUCAUGAUCGAGCCCUCUGGCGUGGCCAUGCGUUACUUCGCUUGCGCCGCCGGCAAGGGCCGCCAGGCGGCUCGCACCGAGCUGGAGAAGCUCGACUGGAUGCAGCUGACCGCCGUCGAGGCCGUCACCCACGUCAUCCGCAUCCUGCACAUUGCCCACGAGAGCAACAAGGAGAAGCCCUUCGACAUCGAUGUGUCUUGGAUCUGCGAGCAGUCCGACUACAAGCAUGAGUUUGUCCCGGACCACAUCUUCCAGGAGGCUCAGCGCGCCGCCCUCGAGGCCCUGCAGCCGGAGGACGACUUCGACGACGAGAUGGAGGACUAA